AUGGCGACUCCGAUCUUAGAGUUCAGACCUAAGACGAUGUGGUUGUGGCAUCGAUCUCUGACUGAAUGGUGGAAUCCAUGUCUCCCAGGCGGCGAAGGAGAUCAUCGGGACGCGAUUGUGUAUGACUGGGAACGCUUUCGGAGUGGAGAAGCGGAGAGGCGAAGAGUCGCCGGCAAGGGAGAAUGUUUUGAUUUUUCAGGGAAAGCCGGCUACAGGGGAGAUGGAGAACCGAGAUCCAACAAGAGGGUGAAGGAGUGGCUGUGA